UCGCUUUCAACUUUCAACAAAGAUCAAACUCGUUUCACUACAUUUCACAGAUCGGAGAGAGAACGGAGUUGGUUCAACCGACACAACAGAGGAAACGAGAAGAGAAAGAAGAAAAUGGGGACUGAUGAAGUACCAAUGGACGACAAGGCGAAGAGGAUGAGAGAUCUGCUAUCGAGUUUCUACUCACCAGACCCUUCCAACUCCAACACCACCUCCAAAAACGCUUCCCUUGACGAUAUCAAUUCCACCUCCUUCGAUCCCGAUCAGUACAUGAACAUCCUGGCGUACAAGUCCAAUUUGGAAGGGCUGCUUCAACGUCACGUUGAAAUGGCUGCUGAAAUAAAGAAUCUCGACACCGACUUGCAAAUGCUGGUCUACGAGAAUUACAACAAGUUCAUUAGUGCAACAGACACUAUAAAGAGGAUGAAGAGUAACAUUUCAGGGAUGGAGGCGAACAUGGAACAGCUUCUUGAGAAGAUCAUGUCUGUGCAGUCAAGAAGUGACAAUGUCAACACUUCUUUAUUUGACAAAAGGGAGCAUAUUGAGAAGGUGCAUCGGACUUGUAAUCUUCUUCGUAAAGUUCAGUUCAUAUAUGAUCUACCCGAUAGACUAGGUAAGUGCAUCAAGUCAGAGGCUUACGCAGAUGCCGUCAGGUUCUAUACUGGAGCAAUGCCAAUUUUUAAGGCCUAUGGAGAUUCAUCAUUCCGGGAUUGUAAGCAAGCUUCUGAGGAAGCAAUGGCUAUCAUAGUAAAAAACUUACAGGGGAAGCUAUUUUCAGAUUCUGAAUCAAUACAAGUGAGAGCUGAUGCAGCCGUGCUUCUUAAGCAGUUGGAUUUUCCGGUGGAUAAUUUAAAGACGAAGUUAUUUGAAAAGUUAGAACAAUCUAUUACAGACAUUCGACUUAACCCUAUAGAAAUAAACAAUGCAUCCAGAGACUAUUCUGCUCACGAGGCAGCUGUUCAUGAAUUUGUGGAGGCAGUUCGUGCAUUUAGAGUUAUAUUUCCUGAUUCCGAUGAACAAUUGGUUAAACUUGCUGAAGACUUAGUCACCAAGAACUUUGUAAUUGCUGAGGAAUAUGUAAAGACACGGAUUUGCCCAGAGGAUCUACUUGGUGUUCUUCGUAAGUAGUUGCCCUUUGUUAGUACUUCAGUAUUUUUUGUGUGUGUGUUCAUAGCUUAUUGGAAAAAUACUUGAUUUCUAAAACUAUAUGUCUUUUUACUUUCAGUACUGCAUUAAAUGAGUCAAUGACAUUCGUCCCAUGCCCGUUAUAUGAUAUUUACUUUUAAUAUAAAAAUUACCAUUUGGUUAUAUGCCUGGAUUUUUUAAAUUACAUGGAAUUUUUCUCUCUCUGAGCAAUGCAGUUCUAUUUCUCAAAGGCAC